GGUCACGUGGUUGCGGCCGCGAGACAAUUCAAACUUUGGGCGGGUUCAAAAUGGCGGAAGAAGUUAGAAAACAACUCCCAAGUUUGAAGGAUUCUUUGUCAUAUUUCACGGACGAAUCUGCCAACACAAAGGUGAGAGGCAACAUAAAACUGCAGCUUGCCCUGGAGGGGAUAGAACAGCAUGCACAGAGCAAGGGGCUGAGUCCUGACAACAUCCUGUCACUCACUCUCGUCAUCACUAGGGGGCAGUUCGGGGACUCCACCAACAGCCGUCUGGUGAAGUGCCUGAUCCCAGCUACUGCAGUACCAGAGGAAGCUGCUGUGAGGGCUAUCUCCUGGAUAUGUACCAACAAGCCUUCCAAAAGUGUUCAGGCCUUCUUGCUGCGCUGGUUGGUCCUUGUGUAUGACCUGAUCGACGGGAAGGACAAACUUCAUGCCUUAUAUGGAGUCCUGUUCUUCUUCAUACAGAGUGAUGUCCUGUGUCCCCAUGUUUGCCAUCUUCUGUAUUUGCUGACAAGGAAGCAAGAUGUGCGCCUGUUCCGUGUGCGUCCGCUGUUAGACCUACAGACCAGACUGGGCGCACAGCCGCACCUGACAGGGCUGCUGUCCUUAUACAAACUGUACCGUCCUGACCUGGUCAACGUACCGCUCAACAAAACACCCAGGGUAUUUUUCAAACAGACAGACAAAGCAUGGGCAGCCCUGAUUCGUCAGGUCCAGCUGAGAAACUGCCCCAGAGAGGAGAGGGACCAAUGGCUGAAGACAACACAAAUUCCCAUUACAAAUAUCUUCAAUGAUCUAGAUCCAACAAAAGAACCACUACCCAAGAAGGCCAAGUUGGACUGUAUCCCUGCCAUUGGGUAUCCCAGAAGUCUGGACCAGAGUUCAGCAGCCCAGUCAGACAAAGUACCAGUCCAGCUCAUCGGGUCCUUUGAAGAGUUGUUACAGAACUUGGAUAAUCUGGAACUCCCCAGCCAGGCUGCAGCAGUACUGAGGUCCCAGUAUCUGCAGCACUUUGUCAGCUGUCACCCCCAGCAGCAUGUGGCACAUCGCAUAGGCUACUGGCUCUACAGGACAUUGCGCCAAGACCUUGUAGACUGCCCCUCUGCCAGCACCAAACCCAGGGUAGAGAAGCUGCUAAAGGCUCUCAUCAACUUCACAGAUUUCCUACAGGUAAGCUUUACAACAUAA